AAAUUAAAUUAGAUUAAUAAAUAAACGGAUCAAUAAUCGGUUCAAUGAGUUGGAUCCAAUUGAAUUGUGUUGUUUGAUUUAGAACCAUGGGCCCCUCAUUGACGCAAUCGGUUAAACACUCUGCCUGAAAUUCCAUUUCUCCAGAACGAACAUAGCUAUUCUGAAGAAGAAAAUGGGGGUCGAUUAUUACAACAUACUCAAAGUCAAUCGCAAUGCCAGUGAAGAAGAUUUACGCAAAGCAUAUCGCCGAUUAGCGAUGAUCUGGCACCCGGACAAGAACCUCGGCAACAACAAAUACGAAGCCGAAGCGAAGUUCAAGCAGAUUUCUGAAGCGUAUGAUGUCCUCAGCGAUCCACAGAAGCGUCAGAUCUACGAUUUGUAUGGUGAGGAAGCUUUGAAAACUGGUCAAGUACCCACACCUCCAAGAGGUGGACCCCACAACAUGCGGAAUCCGCAUCCGAAUCCUUCGUUUCGGUUUAACCCUAGAGAUGCUGAUGAUAUUUAUGCGGAGCUGUUUGGGUCCUCUUCGUCGGCGGCGGGGGAGAGUAGUAGUGGGAGGGGGAGGAAAGGUAGGGAUGGGUUUUUUAGGAGUACCGCGAAUGGUGGAGCCGAGUUUUCUGGUGUGGGGAAUUCGGGGACUGGAGGAGGUGGUGCGUUCAGAAAGGCGGCGCCGGUGGAGAAUGUGUUGUUGUGUAGUUUGGAGGAUUUGUAUAAAGGAGCGAAGAAGAAGAUGAAGAUUUCUAGGACUGUUCUAGAUGCUUCCGGGAAGCUUCGAACUCUAGAGGAGAUAUUGACCAUUGACAUUAAACCUGGUUGGAAGAAAGGAACCAAGGUAACAUUUCCUGAAAAAGGAAAUGAGGAACCUGGUAUUAUUCCAGCAGAUCUGGUGUUUGUAAUCGAGGAAAAACCUCAUCAUGUCUAUGCAAGAGAUGGUAAUGACCUUACUGUCAAUCAAGAGAUUUCACUUCUUGAAGCUCUCACGGGAAAAACGCUGGAGCUAAUGACACUGGAUGGGAGAAAUCUCAACAUCCCAUUGACUGACAUUGUCAAACCUGGGCAUGAGAUAGUUGUACGAAAUGAAGGCAUGCCAAUUUCCAGAGAGCCUCGGAAAAAAGGAAAUCUGAGAAUCAAGAUGGAUGUUAAUUAUCCAACAAGGCUCACAGAAGCACAGAAAUCUGAUCUCAGGAGGGUUCUUGGCGGAUCUUCAUGACCGUCUUUUGGAUCAGAUUGCCAGGUUUGACCAUAUGGACAUAGUUAUUCAGAUUACCAGGGGUAACCAUAUGAACACAAGUAGAUAGUGCAGAUGUUGGAUGUAAAUAUAGGACAUGCUUAUUGCUUGCAAUUGGAAGUGUGAAUACUAGGAAGGUCUAGUAGUUUCAAGGUUUAGGGACAAAAUGGAUAUCUUCUUUUGGAGUUUGGGUGGUGGAGGUAUUAAUUUUUCAUUGGUCGUGACAUGUACCUCCACAUUAUUUGGUCGAUAGAAUGUAGAUGACAAUAAUGCAAGCUCUUCUGUUGCUUGUGAUUUUAGGUCUUAUCAGGACGCAAAUGCGUUAGGAUCUGGCAUUUAGUUGGUUCAAUGUCCAUUAUAUGUUGACAUUGAGCAUGAUUUCUGCUUUUCUCCCUUUAGAAAAUCCCUUAGUUCUUUUCUUGGUCUCUUUUUUUCCUGCAUGAUGUACUGAUAGCAGAUGAUAAAUGUCUUUAACUUGUUACAAAAUCCAUUGUUCUUAAGCAGCAUAAUUUUUUUUGGUUAA